GGAUUCUUUUUUUUUUUUUUACCAUUAUAGAGAAACAAAAAGAGCCGUCACUGUGUGUGUUCUUUCUUUACAUAAACAAAUCAACUGAAAUAGAUCUGAAAAACCCAAAAUAUAUUUACUGUGUCAGUAAAUAUGAGUAGCAGAGGAGGUAAAAACAGUAACAAUAAUGGAGGAAUUCCAAUUGGUUCAAAAAAGAUGAUACAAAACUUAAAGGAAAUAGUAAAUUGUCCUGAAGCUGAGAUCUAUGCUAUGCUUAAAGAAUGUAAUAUGGACCCUAAUGAAGCUGUUAAUAGGCUUCUUACUCAAGAUACUUUUCAUGAGGUGAAGAGCAAACGAGAGAAGCGAAAAGAGAGUAAGGAUACAACUGAAUCUAGGUCCUGGACUACUAGUAGCACUCCAAGCCGUGGCAGUAGGGCUGGCGGGGAACGAUAUGUUGGGCGUGGUGGAUCAGAGUCUACCAAGCCCGCUCCUGCUUACAGGAAGGAGAGUGGAUCACGUACGAACAACUUCUCUUCAACCCCUUUAAUUGCAGGAAGUAAUACAGAUAGAAGACCAACUGCCAUCAGUGAUGCUACUGGAAACGAAAGUAAAAGAUUGGCACCAGCAGCAGUUGAUGGUUAUUCAGCUGCUUCACAGCCUUCUUCUGGAUAUCAACCUACUUGGGGCGGGGUGCCAGGUCAAGUAUCAAUGGCUGAUAUUGUCAAGAUGGGUAGGCCACAAAGUAAAGUGCCUAGUGUGACCAAUAAAUCUCACCAUACUGUUGGUGAGGUACAUCAGGAACAAAGGGAUUAUUCAUCUGCGAAUGAUGAAUGGCCUUCAAUUGAGCAGCCGUCAGCUGCUAGCCAGCCUGCUGUCUUGGUUUCAUGGCCUUCAAUUGAGCAGCCAUCAGCUGCUAGCCAGCCUGCUGUCUCGGUUUCAUGGCCUUCAAUUGAGCAGCCGUCAGCUGCUAGCCAGCCUGCUGUCUUGGUUUCAUGGCCUUCAAUUGAGCAGCCAUCAGCUGCUAGCCAGCCUGCUGUCUCGGUUUCAUGGCCUUCAAUUGAGCAGCCAUCAGCUGCUAGCCAGCCUGCUGUCUCGGUUUCCGUGCCGCAUCCUGAGCCGUCUAACACGUCUUUUGAUAGAAUUGAUCAUCAAACUCAGAUGGACGAGGCUCAAGAGGCAGAUGACAGUGUGUCUAAUGAAGACAUUGGUUCUCUUUCCAGUAGAAAGUUGCAGGAGGAUAAUGCGGAUAGUGCUUCUCUCUAUGACAAUGACCUCUACGGAUAUCAGCACCAGAAUCACACUUUUGACAAUCCACAAGUUGAAGAUGCUAAUGUCUCAGUUUCAUCAGUUGCUGAAAACUUGCAACAACUAAAUGUAAAGGAUGAUCGGGCUUUACCGUCUGAUAUGGAUGGUCCAUCCGUUGUGAUUCCAGACCAUCUUCAAGUUCAAACAGCUGACCUUUCGCACCUAAGUUUUGGUAGCUUUGGUGGUGUGUCCUUUUCUGGAUCACUGGCCUCUGCCCCUGUGAAAACUAGUUUGGAAGUUUCAUCCAAAGAGGCAGAUAGUUCUUCAGUUGGGCAUUUGGGCACCAGGGCCGGUGAAUAUUAUGGUGAUGAGACUCUCAGAAAUGAGUCCGACAAUAACUUAUUCCAUAGAAAUAAUGCAAGUCCUGGAAAUUAUGAAUUGCCAGCUGCUUCACAACCAGAAUCUCUGAAAGCAGAAACUAGCGAUGGACAUUAUUCAUAUCCGUCCUCUGCUGCUGGCUAUUCAUACGAAAGUGCUCAACAAUUAAAUGCAGCAUUUAGUCAGCCACAGACUAGUUCUCAUAUGCAAAAUCUUGCUCCUUAUUCCAAUGAGACAGUCUACACAAAUUCUUUGCAGAGUAACUUGUUGGCUGCUAACAUUCAUCCUGGUCGAGAGUCUGAGCUUUCAUAUUCCCCGUUUUCAACAACCCAAGCAAUGCCCGCUCAAUAUGGCAACUCAAUUUCAUCUAUCAGUGGUUCAACAACUUCCAUGCCUGAGGCUUUGAAGACCGUUGGUUUUUCAUCAGGAGCACAGCCUACUCAGCAGAUGCUUUCUGGAACUAAUGUCGCCACGGGACCCACAGUACCUCAACAUCUAGCCGUACACCCGUAUUCUCAACCAACGGUCCCUCUAGGAGGACCAUUUGCCAACAUGAUAAGUUACCCCUUUAUGCAUCAGAACUAUCCAUAUAUGCCAUCUGCAUUCCAACAAGCGUUUCCUGGUAACAGCACUUAUCAUCAGUCGCUUGCAGCAAUGCUUCCCCAAUAUAAGAAUACCGUUUCCGCGAACAGCUUGCCUCAGUCUGCCAGUGUUCCUUCUGGAUAUGGUGCUUUUGGAAAUACAAAUACUAUCCCUGGGAACUUCCCCAUCAACCCCCCUGCUGCUCCUUCCGGCACUAACUUAAGUUACGAUGAUUUAUUAAGCUCUCAGUACAAGGAUACCAAUCAUUUGAUGUCUCUUCAGCAGAAUGAGAACUCGGCUUUAUGGCUUCAUGGACAUGGUUCAAGAACAAUGCCAGCUGUUCCUGCCAACACGUAUUAUGGUUUUCAGGGACAAAACCGUCAACAGCCGUCACAGAGCUAUGGAUCUUUGGGGGGCUACCCGCAGCAUUUCUACAAUUCUCAGGCUGGUAUCUCAAUGGAUCAACAACAGCAACAACAAAACCUUCGGGAUGGAUCGUUGGCGGGCCCACAAGUCCAGCCGAAGCAGUCUCAACAACAGAUAUGGCAAAACAGCUACUAAUCUUUACUGCCUCCUCGUUUUUCGGGGGUCUUGUAAUGAGUGUGUGAUAGUGGCCUUUCGAGCUAUUUCUGUGGAAAUAACCAUCGUUCACGAUCCCUGAAGACACUUGACUGGCUGCUGCCCUAUGCCACGAGGCUGUACGUUUACGUGUUUAUCUCAGAGUUAAAUGUUAACGUAGGAAUGUCUGUGUUAACGCAGUGCUAGUGGUCUCGUCUGUGCUUACUUUUUAACUCUUAUUAACACGGUUAACCCCAUUUUCACCGUUUUUAAUCUAUAGUUAGAAGUUGUGUUCUGUU